AUGAGUUACUACAAUCAGAAUCAGCCGCAGCCCCCCGUUGGCGUGCCUCCUCCUCAAGGAUACCCGCCAGAAGGGUACGCGAAGGAUGCAUAUCCGCCGCCUGGUUACCCGCAGCAGGGAUACCCGCCGCAGGGGUACCCUCAGGGAGGGUAUCCGCCGCAGUACGCCCCGCAGUACGGCCAGCCGCCGCCGCCGCCGCAACAGCAAUCGAGCAGCAGCUCUGGAUUAUUACAGGGAUGUUUGGCUGCUCUGUGCUGUUGUUGCCUGCUGGAUGCUUGCUUUUGA